UUCUUCGUAUGCGCAAGGAUCUAUAAAGUUUUCGCCGGAACCGGAACUCCUUCCUUUCUCUCCCUCUUCCUCCGCUGGAAAAGGUAUCGCCAUCAUGUCGUCUCACCUGCAAUGGAUGAUUAUCAGGGACAACUCCAGCUUCCUCAUCAAGAGGAACAAACAGACCUACAGCACUGAGCCAAACAACCUGAAGGCCAGGAAUGCCUUCCGUUUUAACGGUCUCAUCCACCGUAAGACGGUCGGUGUCGAGCCAGCUGCUGAUGGCAAGGGUGUUGUCGUCAUCCUGAAGAAGCGUGCAGGUCAGCGUAAACCAGUGAAAUCGUUCGAGAAGAUCACAAUCAACAAGAACUCUCGCACCACUCUCAACCGCCUGAGGAACAUCAUCCGCAAAAACAACUACAGGAAGGACCUACGCAUGGCUGCCCUGAGGCGUGCCAGCGCCAUCCUGAAGAGUCAGAAGCCCAUGGUGGUAAAGAAGAAGCGCUCCAGGACUCCCAAGAGUGCAUAAACAUAUUACACAUGUUCUGACUUAAUAAAAUAGUUUUGGUCAAA